AUGCAUCAAAGUCGAAACAAGAUUUCUUACUUGGAUAUAUUUUUGAAUGAUAAAAGUAUUAGAGGUGUACUUGGACAAUCAUUUACGCUGCCCAGUAAAUUGAAUUUAAAAACCAAAUUAAUUUGUGCACUUCUUUGCUAUUACAGUUUAAUUGUUAAUACAGGCUAUCAAGCAAAUUUACAAUCGCUUCUUACACAUCCACCAAAAGACACCACAAUGAAAACUUUCAAGGACUUGGAAGAUGUAGACUUUAAGAUUUCUUUAUCACGUUUGGAGUUCAAUAUGUUUACAUUAAACAGAACAAUUAAAAAAUUAUUAAGAUUUGAGGAAACUUACCGAGACUUUGUGAAAUUGCGUGAAUCAAUGAAUACGAGUUAUGCCUACCCAGUAUCUCGUACACGUUGGCAGGUGUUUCAUGAAAGACAAAUGACUUACGAAAACAACGUUUUUUACUAUGCCGAUAAUAUGUGUUUCCUCAAAUUCAUUGAUCUUAGUAUACCGGCUCGUAAAUAUUUACCCUAUCGUAAUGUGUUUGCUGAGCAUAUACAGCGCUUACACGCAAGCGGGUUAAUAAAUUAUUGGACAUCCUUUAAUUUUUACGAUAUGGUUAGGCAAAAUCUUACAAGUUUAGAGGAUAUAAGUGAACCAGUAAAAUGGGCUCAACCAUUAGGUUGGUAUGAUUUGAUAAAGGUAUGA